AUGUACAGUAUCAUCGUCGAGACUGUUCUAUACAAGCUCUGGGAUCGCUACGUUGUUUUCGAUGUAGAAGAGCCCCACGAACGUGUCGCCAAUCGAGUAUGUGGAUGUGUUGGUGCCACCUGA